AUGCUUGGUGCAGCAGUCAUUUGGAUGGCCAAUGCCCUAGUAUCAAGGCCGGGGGAGUGGAAGAUUGACAAGGAACUCAGCGAUCAGUGCUCCCAAUGGUACGACCCCGAACAGGAUUCGGAUGAUGACGACGAUGACGAGCUAGGAGAGAAUCUUGAACCGGUGAGGGGAGCACGUGGGGUCUACUUUCUCUCCGACAUUCGAGACGAUCGGAGCGCUUGGAGACUGCCCGGCACCAGACUCAUGGAGCAAGCACAACUCCUCGUACUGUAUGGGGCAUCGGACAUGGCCGAGUUGAGCCGCAUCAUGGGCGCCGGAGUUGCCGUUCGCAGGAUGGAACCCGCAAACAAGAGGCGCAUGAACAACCGCACCCAGCACACUUUAUCAGUGCAGUACAUUCAGCCAGACCCGGAUCCCGCACAGCUCCCGGAGUUUAGGCUCAGGACCCGAGGAUUUGUCCUACGUCCAGAGAUGCGGAUGCGAGGCCUCGAUGUCUUAGAUGGACCUCCGUCAGAUGAAGAGUCUGAUAUUGACAGGGUGGCACAGCGUAUAUGGCGACAGUUUCCAAAUGAUUUGAUUCAAGUGUCUCCCAAUUACAAGAAACGCUCGGACGGCCCUUACACCACUCUCACACGAACCGAACAGGACAAUGCCACUGCGGAGGUCUUCCUGUCCUUUGAGAUCCCUUUCCGCGAGUUCUAUGUCCGCUACGUGUCGCAGGAACAUUGGGACACAAUUCUGUUUGACCGGUUCUUCCCCCCGAAAGGCUACGUGCCCACUAACAGGGUGCAAAACCAGUCUGGGUGCAAAUACUAUGCCGAGUAUGUCUCUUUCAUGAAUCGUCUCAAUAACGAAGCUGCGCGGGCGGCUCGGCAGGAAUUUCGUGUGCUGUUCAAUCAGCUUGCGUGGGUACCUAAUAUGCUAUGCGACCGUAUUUGGACCACGAAGCCCAUGCGAGGACGCGAAUAUCGGCGCUUUCCUCCGGGUUCCGGGUCUGCUCCUCAGAUUGCUCUCAACCCGCACGUGUACCGCGCGAACGUUAUUUCCAUCAGGGCAGCCAAUCCCGACACUGAUAUAGAAGUCGAUUCGAACAGCCCCGCUCGCCGUGACAGCUCAUCGGAGGUUAGCGGCGCCGUGAGUGCCCCUGAUGCAGCUAUUGGACAACACGGGCCACACAUCAACCAGCCUUUGGGCGCAAUUUUCCACCAAUCCCCGCCCCCUGCCCAAUUGCCCCCUCCCAUGCCAUCGCCGCCAGCUGGACCUGACAUGGAGGAGGAAGAGUCCCCUUAUCAGCUGGAUUCGCCGCCAGCUAACAGGUUGGAGGAGGAAGAGUCCUCUCCCGUAAGGCAAAAUCAGAGACCACGCACUCCUGAUUCACCUUCCCCUUAUCGUCGUGCUCGCUCUCGUAAUGGAAUCGUUCCCGGUUCUCGCAAUUGA